AUGGAGCAGCGGAUGGAAAAAACUACAAGAAGGAGGUGGACACAGGAGGAAUCUGAGGGUUUUUUGCGGUGCUACUUGGCUCGCAAAGCCGAAUUUGAGCACCCAAAGAAAAAGCGUCAGGCAUACGCUAAUACACUUGAGGAUAUGAUAUGCUUGGGUAUUACGGAUUCUGGGAGAACACCGCUGUGUUUGGAGGGGAGGAUGCGCACUUUGCUACAAGCCUAUAAGGCAGCACGCGACAACAAUAACCGCACAGGUUCUUCUCCGUGCUUCGACCCGUACAUGGAGCUAAUGGAGGAGAUAUUUGGGAGCAGCCCUAUUAUAUCUAACUCCCAUACGCUGCAAUUGGGCGAUGGCCCAGUACAAAUGUUAGAGGAGAGUUCGCCCAUACCAGCACCCUCACCUCCGUCCAGCUCCACAACGUCAUCGCCGUUAUCCCAGUCGGCACUCCCCUUAACAUCAUCGUCGCUGCCACGCCAGAAAGUGCAUCAAGAACUACCAACAUUCUAUAAAACGGAUCACACAGCUAUCGGAAUCUACGAAAUUCCUGGAGAGGUGCAGAAGAAAUGGAGUAACUCCAAAUUUUAUCAACAACGCUACCAAAAACAUUCUGUACACCAUCAGCAACAACACCAACAACAACCAAAUAUCGGCGAAAAUUUCUAA